AUGGAACCCGUCACGCCACCACCACCCUACUCAGCCCAGCCCACUGCCCCGAUGGCUCAACUCACUACCACGAUGGCUCAAUCCACUGCUCCCACUGUCCAGACCGCCGUUCCUCUGGCUUCACCUCCUAUCACUCCAGGUCAAAAGCUCGAGAUGGUACAGGCAGAGCUAGAGGUGGCCAAAAUUCGUCUUCGUCAGCAGACAAGAGAGCGUCAAGGCCUCAAAAGAGUUGCACCUUCUCGAGCGGCAGUACUCCAGAGACUUGCCCCCAAGGUCCUCAGGCAAGCACCCAGACCCACACUCGAGCGAAUGCCGGGCCAAGCACCCGAGCUAUACAGUCCCAGACUGGACCAGCGCAGAAUUGCCUGGAACAUGAUUUUGAGCGAGGCACACACACCGAGCUCCUGCUCAAUGGCAUCUCUUCACAAGACUCAUCACUACGGCUUGAUGCUUAUUCUCCGUGCUGUCAGCGUCUCAGCCAUGCAUUCCUCGAUGCAAACUUGCAUCGCCGUUGAGGAUGAGAACGGUGAUCACGAACUUCUUACCAUACACGACUUCGCAGUCACCAGUCACCCGUCCAAGGCGAUACAGAAUGGGUCCUUCUUCGUGGUCAAAGAACCUUUCUUCCGGACUGUCUUGGACGAAGCUUGUGUCCUAUGCAUCGACCAUCCAUCUGAAAUCCUCUUCUUGGACGCUAACGACCCCAUGCUACCCUAUGCUUGGAGAGCCAACGUCAUCGAAAGAUCACCUACCCAGUGGGAGCAAGCUGGCAACCAGGCUUUGAAAGGCGAUGAUCCACUGGAAGCUGAGAGAUGUUACAGCAGGGCACUUGCCACCAUGACGGCUAGUCAAGCGAAAGACGUCGUCGGAGGUAUCGUCCACCGCAACCGAGCACAGGCUCGGCUCUGUCUCGAGCGUUGGGACGGAGCAUACCACGAUGCAAUGGCCGGCAUGCGAGACCUCACCACCACGAACGAUGAUUUUGCAGAUUUUCAAAACAUGAAGGCCCUCUUCCGAGCAGGCCGUGCAGCUUACGAGCUUGGUGCAUAUGACCGUGCACAUUCAGCAUACACCUCAGUCACCAAGAUUGCCCCGGACGACAUCGAUGGUUUGCGAGAGCUCAAGCGUACAGAGGCACGUAUCGCCGAACAACUAACAGGUGUCAAUUUCUGGGCAGCCACUGGACCGCAGGCGCACGGAACCAAAGUCGAUCACGCCGACUUUCUACGCAGAACCGAAGCACGUCAAACCGACACCCAUGGUCGUGGCUUGUUCGCUGUCGAAGCCAUUGAAUGUGGCGAUAUCAUUCUCUCUGAGAAAGCACUGGCAUUUGUGCCGUCACCAGCUGUGCCUGAGAGCUUUCACUUGGUGAUUCCACCAGCAGCCACCAGGGGCACAUUUGGCACACAGAGCAAUAUGUGGACGGCAGUCAUCCAGAAGGUACUUGCUAACCCCAGUAUCGGUCCAAGAUUACUGGGUCUCUACGCUGGACCAAACUACCCUCCACUAGACAGUCUCGACAUUCCCAUGCUGGACGGUCGACCUGUUGUUGACAUUUUCCGUGUCGAGAACAUCAUCGAAUACAACUCUUUCGGGUAUGCUCACGAUCCUGAUCUCACCAGUUUUGGCAACGCCGCUCUUGCGACUCCAGGAAUGGACAACAAGGAUGGAUCCAUGGGACUCUGGCUACAUGCAUCGGCCAUCAACCAUUCCUGUCUAUACAAUGCCGAACACAGCUUCAUCGGCGACACGAUCAUCUUCCGAGCAACUCGCGAUAUCGCAAAAGAUGAAGAGAUCACCACUUUGUACAAGGAAGUCAAUGCAGACUACGAGACGCGUGAUGCUGCGCUCCGUACGUGGGGAUUCAGUUGUGAUUGCAAGCUUUGCGAAGCGGACAGAACUUGUCCGGCAACCACAAGACGCAAGUACCUGCUACAGCAAGCCAAGGAAGUGCUCGAGAGACUUCCGAUUUUGAAUGCCACGGUCGAACCGCGUUCGGUGGUGAUGAUGUUCGAGGACCUUCUGGCACAGAUCCAAGACACCUACCCAGAAGAGUUCUAUCGCGGUCUUCCACGCCUCGGCUUGAUUACCUUGAACCGAUACUGUGCAUUCGCUUAUUCACGCAACAAUCCCGACAAGGCACUUGAGCAUGCGCUUGCGGUUAUCGCUGCUCAUGGUUACACGUUAACAAUCACUGGAGAGGACAUCGAGCUCGACAGAACCAAUGCAAUGUCGGCGCCUCAGGUAGUGGAUCAAUUGAUGAACGUCAGCAGGAUUCAAGAAAGCAAAGGGCAGAUGGCUGUGCCAUCUGGCUUUGAGACAAGAUAUGGCAAACUUCGAGAGCAUCGCAGCACUAGGGCUUGA